GGGUUCACCCUGUUUAUAUAACACACAAAGAUGCCUACACACACACACACACACUUUAUUACAGCUGCCUGUUCAGUGUGUUUGAGAGAAGUCAAGGCAAUUAAGAACUGGUACAAAUAAGGUUAGUGUGAUUCACACACACACACACACACACAGCUGGUUUGGAUGAAAUUCUUGGAAACGUCAUCGCCCUGCGAAACAAGGAAGAGUGUGUGUGUGUGUGUUUGUUUGUUUGAAGCAGGACUUUUACAUUUCCAAUAGCAGUGUGUGUUCGUAAGUUAUUUUCCCUUCGGACACACAAACGCGCGCGCGCGCGGAAGAAGCCGCUCGUGGAGCUCGUGCUGCAGUGUAUCAGAAAUCUCUGAGUCAGCAUGUCCAGAUCAGACUUCCCCCCGGGCUAUGACGAGUCACGGCCGCUUUCAAAUCCCCACGGUGGUGCACCGGCACCCUCCGCACCCCCACCAGCCUACGAUUACUCUCCGUAUGGAGGACAUCCACAGCCUGGACCCUACCCUGGACCUCCCUACUCCCAGCCCUCUGCCCCUUACCCCGGGCAGCCUGGAAUGUACCCCCCGCAGCCAGGACUACCUGGCCAAGGAUACCCAGCACAACCAGGACACCCUGGUCAAGGAUACCCACCGCAGAUGCCACCCAUAAUCCCACCAGUGAUGCCCAUGCCUGACUCAGGUGAUGACGGCUUCACCACAACAGGAGGAUGGGAGAGCGUCGACAUCCGCCAUGCUUUCAUUCGCAAAGUGUACCUGAUCCUCGCAGCUCAGCUCCUCGUCACCGUCGGCAUUGUGGCCGUUUUCACUUUUGUACAACCUGUGAAGAACUUCGUCAUUAAGAAUCCAGCAGUCUACUGGGUUUCAUACGCUGUGUACAUCAUCACACAUCUCGUGCUCGUCUGCUGUAAGGGACCCAGGAGGCGUUUCCCCUGGAACCUUAUUCUGCUCUCUCUUUUCACCCUGGCUUUGUCCUAUAUGACCGGAACGAUAUCGAGUUACUACGAAACCAAGUCUGUGUUCCUGGCGCUGGGUAUCACCGUCCUCGUCUGCAUCGCUGUGACUGUCUUCUGCUUCCAGACGAAGGUGGAUUUCACCAAAUGCGGAGGCCUUUUCUGCGUCCUGGGUAUCGUCGUCUUCGUGACCGGAAUCAUCACCGCAAUCGUCCUGUCGUUCAAAUAUAUCCCGUGGCUUCAUAUGCUGUAUGCUGCUAUCGGAGCGAUCGUGUUCACGUUGUUCCUGGCCUAUCACACGCAGCUUCUCAUCGGGAACAGGAAGCACUCGAUAAGUCCGGAGGAGUACGUCUUCGCCGCUCUCUCCAUCUACGUCGACGUCAUUCAGAUCUUCCUUUUCCUCCUGCAAAUCAUCGGAGCGUCUCAAAGAUAGGGGGCGCCCCAGCGGUCAACCUGGAAGCCUUUGCGUCUGUCAGACUUUCAUGCAAUUACAAUCACGAUGCCUUUACUGAAUAUUUGAAGCAAAAAAAACAGAAAAAAAAUCAGACGUUAGCGGACAUGUUAGCAUGAUUUAAUGGGUUCUUCUAACAUCAGGACGGAAGCACUUGGGAUAAACAGCUGAUUCUUUUGUGCUGAGUUUAGGAUGCUGGUCUACUCCAUAAACACCUUCAUCAUCAUGUUAAGCUGGAAAUCAAUUUUACACACUAUAUAUACAUUAUAUUAUGUUUUGAUAUGAGCUGGAAUUUUAUUUGUAUUAAAAAGUUAUUUAAUGUUGGGUCUAUACAUACAGUAUCUUGUGCAUAUUUAAUCAAUUGGAUUUUUAUUAUUAUUAUUAUAUAAAAGUUUAAAAAAGAUGCUUGAACAAGAUGGAAUGUAUGUUACAAUAAGUUUCAGAUUUUUUUACCCUUAAUAACUCCAAAAAAAAUCUUCUACACGUUACUUUUUAAAACAAGUAAAACAUCUGUAACACCUGUAUAUUAGAUUUUUAUUUGUAACCAGAAUUGAACCCAGAAAAUUAGCUGACGUCCUGAAAUGCAUGAUCUCUUUCCCAGCUACUUUUUUCACUUUAUAGCCGAGUGCAAAAUUUUGUGCACCCACAGAACAAAACAAAUUUGCUUUUUUUUUUUUAGGCAGAAUUUUUUUUUUUUUUUUUUUUUUAAGUAUGGUUAUCACUUACUUUUUCCUGCACAGUGUGAAAUUAGAAUUUUUCUAAUUAAUAAUUUGAAAAUGGAAUACUUUACUUAAAUCCUUUUUUUUUUUAAACAAAGAAAUAAUUUCUGUAUAAUUUUAUCCAACCAUUUAUUUUUGAUAUGUUUAAAGAUGUAUUAUGUUUUAAUUUUUAAUAUCAGUCCUCCGUCAUUGGGAUGGGUGAUACUACAAAAACAACCAGUUUUAGAGGUUAAAAAAAUAGAAAUCUGCUAUAUUCAAAAUAUAACUACAAAAUCUAUAAAUGACUUAUUUAACACUGUAAAUCUUAAUAUAUGCAACUAAAAAGACUCGCAUCAUGCCAUCGUAUUGCCCUGCGCUGUGUCACUAUUACAGCUACCACUGCUUUUGUAGGUGGUAAUACAUGGUGUUUUUUUUGUUUGUUUGUUUGUUUUUGCAUAUUUUUUGGUAAAAAUGAGUGCCAAUAAUUUUGCACCUUCCUAUUAGGAUAUUUGAUUCACUUAUCAAUGACACUAUAUUGAAGUUUGUAAAUAAAAAGAACUUUACAUAUGAUUAGAAAUUAUAGCAUUAUAAUUUUUAAACUUUUUUUUAACCAUUAUUCACUGUAUAUGUUUGACGUAAAUAAAGAUUAUGCAUAACUUUUUGCCUGCAAAAUGCAGCGAGUUUUCAGUUGUUUUGUUUCCAGAUACAAAAUAGGCAAAGAGAUGAGUUUGUGUAAUUUGAAAUAAGAAUAAAUUGUUUGCUACCUGAUGUUAAUUUUAUUAAUAAAUACGUCUGAACUGCAGAUUAAAAAAAAAA